GUUCUUCUUUUCAUUCUGCUAUCUCGAACCGCGUUCGCUGUCCUAGGCUCCUCUGCUCUACACUCUGUGUCGUCUACCCGCAAUAUAAUCCCAUGCCCCGCAUCGACCCUCCCUACCCGUCGUUCACGUUCGUGCUGUCCAAGCCUCUGCCCCGCAACGACCGCUCGUCCCGCCUCCCCGCAUACCGCGCGUCCCACAUGGGCAGAUACCACCCGUACGCCAGGGUCGCCCCGAGCCAGUGCCAGGACCGCCUGAUGACCACGAUCGACUAUCGCUACGCGGACGAGCCGUUGUGGGAGGAAACUGUCGGAGAAGCUCAGGGCGCCACAAGCUGCGAAAACCUGUCGGACGGCGAUGACGGCGACAAUGGCCCCUCCCCUGCUGUCGACACCGAGCACGGUAGCGUCGCGGAUUCUUCUGUUCCCCCUCAAGCCCUGAGCCGCAGCAAGCUCGUCGCCACGUUGACUGAGGCCCUUGUCGCCCUGCGUCGGCACCUCGCGCUCCAGGCUGUGCGGAACUUCCUCAAGGCCCAGCACCUCAAAGGCCCGCGUGCCUGAGCGCCGCAGCCCCGGCGAAUCCUCGCUGCCUUCUUGAUCUCGUAAAAGUUAAAACCUAAUCGUCUGUACUCCCCGUCGCAGUCAGCACACCAUCGCAAUUCUCGUGUUUCCCCGUCCCUCUGUUCAUGCCCCGCUUCCGUGCUAUCGUGUCCUCGUCCUCGUCUCGUCAUUCACGCUAGUCGUACCCUUCUUGCCUACUGGUCUACGUUACCGCGCCUUUUGAUCCAUUUGGUUAUGCAUGUAGAUAUAAGACUGUCGGUGUAUCAUAGUUAGAACUGGAUCCUGCCACCCCCGCUUCAUUUUGUACAUGUACAUAUUGACACCCC